AUGGCCGAUUCUAUAUUCUUCAUAAUCCUGGCAUAUUUUGUUGGAGAAUUAGAUUCACUCGAAGAAGUGAUUUUAAGUCUGAAUGAUAGUGAAAUUGUCAAGAAAGACUCACGCAUAUUUCUCCGCUAUGUCUUUGGCUCUCAUCGAAAUAUCUUAUGGAACUUGAGGAUCCUGCAGAAAAUUUACUGGCAGCUCAACUUACAACUCAUCUGCACCAACUUCGCCUACGUCUGUUUACUUCUUACCAUGACGAGAUUCCUCGAUUCGCAUUUAGUUACUUAUUUGGCCCUUUUGGCGGCAACAUCCCAGUUGUUUGUACUCUGUUUAUUUGGCCAAAUCCUUUGUAACCGUACAGAGGCUAUUGGGGCCGCUCUCUACAACACUCAUUGGUACGAAAUGGAACUGAGGGAACAAACUGCCUUACUGAUAAUGAUGGCAUCAAGUCAGGAAGCUGUAGGAUUUAGUGAAGUGUCCAACAUGGGUGAUUACAUCGAGUGCUACACUGAGUAUCUCAAUUUUGAGAAAUCCCUCAGAUUUGCUCUGAUGUGCUUAAAUUUUUCUUUUAUACCAAGGAAUCUUUUUCGUGGACUUGAAAAGUUUCUCCAUCCAUUGAUGCAAACUUACACUGUUAUAUCUUGCGUUUUUACCAUGAUGUACUUAGAACGAAAUUUAAUGGAAUAUGUCCUGGGUGUUGUGACGUUUGUUGGCGGACUUCAACUUUUAAUAAAAACUGUGUCAAUUGUUACACAUUCUGAUCAAUUAGAUACUCUAUUUUCGUUUAUUCGAAGAAUUCAUCAAGUUCACGAAAUUGAUUCGAUUACUAAAUCUGCCAACAUUCAUCUCGGGCUUAUACUUCGUAUCAGUAAAAUCAUUUUGAAAAUUAUUAUUCCAGUUUGGUUAAUUAGCGGUUUGGGAUUCAUCUCCUACUUUAUCUACAUUGAUUCAAUGGCUCUUGCUGUUCCUGGAAUAAUCCCAGUACCAGGAUCCAACAACAUAUAUCUGCAUAUGCAUCAACUACUGAUCUUCACAAUAUCAUCUGCAACAUUUCUAAUUGUUGAUUCAACACUUAUGAUUAUCGGAUUCUACUUUAUGGCCAUUUUCAAUAUUUUCCGGGAUAUGAUAAAAUAUUUGGAUAAUUCCGGCAUUAAUACUAUCAAACAAUACCUAACUGACAUACAAAAAUUCCAUUUGGAUAUUCUAAACAAAUUUCAAUUAUUCGACGAAAUGUUCUUUUAUGCCCUUGCAGUUCAACUUGCAACAAGCGUAGUUUUUAUCUUGGUCAUAUUUUUCCUGCUACGUACUGCAGGUCUUCUCUUCGUUCCGCUUUUUGUCACAGUUUCAGGCCAGUUUUUCGCUGUUUGCUUAUUUGGACAGCUUAUAUUUUCGAAAACCGAAAUAUUUUUUACUGAAUUGUAUCUGACUAAGUGGUACGAGUUUGAUAUCAGAGAGCAAAAGAUGCUUCUACUAAUGAUGUACAUUGCUCAGAGACCUUUUGGAUUGAGAGCUGCAGGAAUGUAUGAUAUCAACUUGAUUAUGUUUAUUAAAAUCAUAAAAGCUGGUAUAUCUUUUUGUGCCAUUCUCUACACAUUUAAAUAA